AUGGGCAGAUGGGGGCCCUUAGUGUCUGUUCGGUUAGCGUUUCAGUAUCCUGCGUGGAUAGCAUCUGAAGUUUCAGACGGUGGCGUCUUUCACAACGUCGUGAACAGCCCCUGCAGCCCUCUGCAGAGGGAGUGCCUGCGGCAGCCAUUUCUGGUGAUCUUUCUGCUCCUGAGCAGAAGGACGAGAACACCUUCCUUGCAAGCUUUUCACAAUGGCUUUGCCCCGUCAGCGAUGGCGGAGUGCGCUGAAAGGAACCUCGGUGGUGAACUCGGGCCGAUUUUCGGAUUUCCGAUCUUUGGACGUUCAUCUGGUUGGACUGUGAAAACAACGGUGGGAAUCGACGUUCCGUGGUUUUAG